CUUGCCUUGCUAGGUUGGGUGCAUCCAUGGUGGAGCACAGGAGCACUCUUUUCUUCUUCUUCUUCUUCUUCUUCUGCAGCUCUGGCACCAACGUCGCCAUGCACACGCCUUGGAAGGAUGCCAUUUUCUGUCGAGGUUGAGUAAGAAGCCCGCUGUCUCAACGCCGCCAUGAUCGCCACCGGCGGUCUGCUGCGCAUGAACCGGCGCCAGGAUUCCCUGCGCUCCAAGAACCGCGCUGAAAACAAGAAGAAGCGGAAAUCCAAGAAGAAGAAGAAGAAUGACGUGGUGGUGGUGAAGGGCAAGCUCAAGUUAUGCUCGCCGGCCGGUUUGGUGGCGGCCGCCGGUGUUGUGGUUCUCAUCGUGGGGAUUUCCAUGGCCAUACUGGGCUACUGGCCCAGCCAGAACCAGCAGCCGUACCAAGAUCGCCGCAGGACUGGAGUGUACAACAGGUUGAGUUUCUCCCAAAGUCAAAAUGUUUCCUCCAACGCCGGCCGAAACCCUUCCAACCAGACCAAGCUCUUGAACCACAGCCAUUCCAACAGCACCCCCUCCGCCCAGUGUGGCUUCCUCUGCGACUUCCUGGAUAACCACCUUUACUCGGACAACCUCAAAGUCUUUGGACCGCUGGUGAUGGGGAUCGGGAUUUUCCUUUUCAUCUGCGCCAACGCAGUCCUCCACGAGAACCGAGACAAGAAAACCAAAAUCAUUAACCUGAGGGAUAUCUACUCCACGGUUAUAGACCUGCACAGUGUUCGCUCCAAGGAGUACUCGCCGCUCAAUGGUUUGGUGAAUUAUACCCAGUCCAAGAGCGCAGAGGGUCCGUCGGUCUCCCACCCCCCGAGCGUGAUGCAUACUCGCAGCUCCUGGCCCUCCACUGGACUAAAUCUGCGCGGUGACCUUGGCGGGGAUGAGGUCUUCAGACGUCCGUCAUUGGCCAGCCGCACACAGAGCUGGUCCAAAGACGUCCAGACCUUCACGGACACGGUCUACAGCAUCUAUAAGGACUAUAGCAACAGCAGCGAGGAGGCUCCGCAGCCACGACAGUGGGAGACCACCUCCAUCGUCACCUCCUCCGUCAACGCCUUCACCCUCCCAGUCAUCAAACUGAACAACUGCGAGGUGGAGGCGUCUGCAAAUUUGGCGGAGGGACACUCUGAGGAAGGCGUGGUCAUCGAGGCGGGAAAUAUUAGUGAAGAAGCACAGGCCGGCGACGGCCAUAUUGACGAGACGGAGAAGGAGCACUCCGCGACGAGUCCGCCGUCACCUCGGCAGUCACACGAGGACAUACCCACAACUGACCACCAGGGUGCGAGACAGGACCCGCUACAGUGGACACAGCUAUUUCCUCCGUCCCCAGUUGCCAGGGCGAUGGGGUCGCGGCUAUCUCUCAACUCGCUCACGGAUCAGCCCCGCUCCGCCCGGCGCUGCAGCCUGUCGGCGGUCGUGUGUCGUCAAGGCGACAGGGGCAGGCGUUUCAGCUGCCCCCGCUUGGAGCGCUCCAACAGCAAGGGCUACAUCAAACUGAGUGACCUUGGGGGCGAGUCCUUUGAAGCCCCGGAUACUUCUUUAGCGAACACCGAGCAGGGCAUAGCAGCGGCUGACGAAGCUCAGGGAGAAGAGGGUCUGUCCACCCCCAGCGGCUCUGCGGAAUCGUGAACAUUUUUCAGAUGACUCCCUCACAACUCUCCCAUCGCUGACGUCUUGUCAUUGGGGACGCCGGGCUGAGCAUCACAGCCAUGAGCACUCAAGGGCACAACACAAAAACCACAGCUCCAAUAGUCAUACUGACUUUUCUAUUUUUUCAAUGUAGCAAGAGCAAUACUAAAGACUUUUCAAGAAUUUGUAAAAAAGUUUUGGCUCGCAGUAGAGGCAAGGAAAAAAACUGUAGCUUGUAGAACAAAGCAGAAAAGACCGGAAAAGUCGCCCUUGUAGCAUCAACUCUAACUUAAACUAAUCGUCUCCACUGCAUCGCUAUGUGAAGAACCACGCCAUGAGGUCAACCAAGAAUGAAUCUCAGGUUUGAUUUACGGAGCCCCGCGGGGACUUGGUAGGGGGACGUGGUCUUUCUUCCCUCACGUGCACAACUGUUUAUACAAAACGUCACGGUUGAAUAAAUAUGACCCCCCCAUACACAUGUUGGCCCUGAUACAAUGUACUGUAGGCGUCCUUUUUGUGCAGCGAAUGCGACGUAGCUUGUUUGCGCCCGAUCACGGGAAAAAAAUUAAAAGAUGACUAAAGAAGGUUGGAGUCUUUCAGUCUGCAAACU